CAAGUAGAAGCUCAAUUUUCAGCUUUCCUAGAGAACCAUCGUUCGCUCUUCUCUCAAACUCCAGUUUGAUCAGCAACCAACUGGCAGCCUCAGAGAGAGAGAGAGAGAGAGAGAUUUACACACACAAUACACACUGAGAAAUGGUGUCAUAUGGUGUUCUCCCUAGGGCCAAUUUCCUCCCGUUGCUCUAUCCCCAAGAUGGUCUUUCUUCUUCAAGCCUCUUACCUUCCACCAUUCCUUGUAUUCCCAGCAACAAGCGAAAGUUCUCUGGGGUAGUAGCUGUUCACCAGGAAAAUGAAGCUAGUGAUGAAAGCGAUGUCCUAGUGAAGACGAGGCAGGAUGGACAGCAGAAGAGAAUCCUCAAUUUCUCUGGGGCGAAGCCUAAGACUCCAAUUCUGGAUACCAUUAAUUACCCCGUUCACAUGAAGAAUCUUUCAGUUGAGGAGCUUGAAAAAUUAGCUGAUGAACUCCGGGAAGAGAUCGUGUAUACGGUGUCCAAGAUUGGUGGCCAUCUUAGUGCAAGCCUGGGUGUUGCAGAACUUACCGUUGCACUUCACCAUGUAUUCAACACUCCUGACGACAAAAUCAUCUGGGAUGUCGGUCACCAGACAUACCCACACAAAAUCUUGACGGGUAGGAGGUCAAGAAUGCAUACAAUUCGACAGACCUUCGGACUUGCCGGAUUUCCCAAAAGGGAUGAAAGCGCGCAUGAUGCAUUUGGGGCUGGCCAUAGUUCAACAAGUAUUUCAGCUGGCUUAGGAAUGGCCGUUGGAAGAGAUCUGGUUGGGAAGGACAAUCAUGUAAUAUCAGUGAUUGGAGAUGGAGCCAUGACAGCAGGACAGGCAUACGAAGCAAUGAACAAUGCAGGCUUUCUUGAUUCGAAUCUCAUUAUAAUCUUGAACGACAACAAACAAGUCUCCCUCCCCACAGCCACUCUUGAUGGUCCUGCCCCUCCUGUUGGAGCUUUGAGCAAGGCCUUAACAAAGCUGCAAUCAAGCAGAAAAUUUCGCCAACUUCGCGAAGCAGCAAAAGGGGUGACAAAGCAACUAGGCGGCAAAACUCAUGAACUUGCAGCCAAAGUCGAUAGUGCCGUUAGGGGAAUGGUUAGUGGCUCAGGGGCCCCUCUAUUUGAAGAAUUGGGACUAUAUUACAUUGGUCCAGUCGAUGGCCACAAUAUGGAAGACCUUGUGUACAUUUUCAAGAAGGUGAAGUCUAUGCCUGCACCAGGACCGGUCCUUAUUCACAUCAUAACAGAAAAAGGAAAAGGAUACACUCCUGCAGAAGUAGCUGCAGAUAAAAUGCAUGGAGUUGUGAAAUUUGAUCCUCAGACUGGAAAACAAUUCAAGUCAAGUUCAAAGACAAAAGCAUAUACUACAUACUUUGCGGAGUCUCUGGUAGCAGAAGCAGAGCAAGAUGAAAAGAUAGUAGCUAUUCAUGCCGCCAUGGGAGGUGGUACCGGUCUCAAUAUAUUCCAGAAACGCUUUCCUGAACGAUGUUUUGAUGUUGGGAUCGCAGAGCAGCAUGCUGUUACUUUUGCUGCUGGUUUAGCUACAGAAGGGCUCAAGCCCUUUUGUGCUAUCUACUCAUCUUUCCUGCAGAGGGGUUACGAUCAGGUGGUUCACGAUGUAGACCUUCAAAAACUUCCUGUGAGGUUUGCUAUGGAUAGAGCUGGACUUGUAGGCGCAGACGGUCCGACACAUUGUGGGGCAUUUGACACCACUUAUAUGGCUUGUCUGCCUAAUAUGGUUGUCAUGGCACCAGCGGAUGAGGCUGAACUAAUGCACAUGAUUGCAACUGCUGCAGUUAUUGAUGACAGGCCGAGUUGCUUUAGGUACCCAAGAGGAAAUGGCAUUGGUGCGGCACUUCCGCCCAAUAACAAAGGAACUCCACUGGAGAUUGGCAAGGGAAGGAUAUUGAGGGAAGGAACCAGGGUAGCCAUUUUGGGUUAUGGAACGAUAGUGCAAAACUGUUUAGCUGCCGCUCAGGUUCUUCAAGCCGUUGGAGUAUCAGCCACUGUUGCUGAUGCGCGAUUCUGCAAGCCUCUGGAUGGAAAAUUGAUCCGAGAACUUGUUCAGGAGCAUGAAGUCCUCCUCACUGUUGAAGAAGGAUCUAUUGGAGGAUUUGGAUCUCACGUCUCACACUUUUUGGGCUUGAACGGUUUACUAGAUGGAAAUCUAAAGUGGAGGGCUAUGAUGCUUCCCGACAGAUAUAUCGACCACGGGGCUCCAGCUGACCAGAUUGAAGAAGCCGGGCUCACCCCAAAGCACAUUGCAGCCACUGUUCUAUCUCUAAUUGGUGAGCACAAGGAGAGUCUGCACCUCAUCGACAUAUAAUCGGAUAGAUGUGCGCAUGACACGGCUGAUUUCAGACGAGAGGCCAAAUCUGAUUUACAAUUUGUCGCCAUUUCUUCAAUUCUCGUGUGCUGUAAAUAAAGAAAUUGAUGGGAAUAGCGGAUGCAUGUGAUGACAAGAGAGAACGAUCGAACUUCUCCUGUACCUAUCAAAUGGAUGCUGUGAAGUGCUUGCAUUUCGAGAAAUAAUAUACAGUCGAAAUCAGAUUGCAUAAAACUAGCAUAUUGCCUUUCGUGGCUUCUUUAAAGCUUGGUACAUAGUUUGAAUGUAGAUGAAGCUUUUAGUUUUCACAAGAAAGUGUAACCAAAAAAAAUAAUAAUAAUAAUAAUCAUCAUCAUCAUGAUGCU